AUGGUCCAAUGGAACCGAAAGUGGAAGAUGCAAGUAAACGUCCAGAAUACGGAGUUAGUGGUGUUCAAUACGACCCCGAGUGAAAGAAAAGGAGUCCGGGCGAUCGAGGUUGAUGGAUUGCAGAUCAUCCAAAGACCGACGGCGAAAUUUCUUGGAGUGGUGUAUGACUCGGGGCUAACGUUUGAUGGACACACUGAUUUCGUCCUGGAGAAGGCGCAGAAGCUACUUAAUAUGAUGAGAGCCUUAGGUGGAACAACCUGGGCAUGGCGUCCGGAGGGCAUCAAAAAAGUCUACACUGCCUGUGCGCGACCGGUGAUUGAGAACAAAUCAGCAGCAUGGAUGCCGUGGAUCUGCCGCUCACGACUUGACAGGUUGGAACGCCUGAACCUGAAAGCAGCUCGAACUACCACGAUCUUCCCAAUCUAA